UCUGUCAGCUGAUCUUAGUUCGCUCUCGCUCUUUUUUUCGGUGCCCCGUGCAGUUCCCUGUUUUUCGCGGAAUGUGUUGCCAGCAACGAAAUAUUAAUCUCGGUGUGUAUGAAAAUUUGCAAGAAAUUUUUGCAUGCCCCGGGCAGUGAAUAGCCUAGUGAAAAAUGCGGAGGCUCUUCCGGACUUUUUGCAGAUUGGUGUUCAGGUUUUUCUGUGACACCACGUCAGUUGUGCGCGGUGGUGACGAUCGUUGACUCCGAUUGAAUUUAAAAGGAACAGAAACACGUUGCAGGAAUUUCGCGCGCUCAGCACGUUGUCGUUGUCGGGAAAGUUGCAAUGACAUUUAUGAGAUUUUCGCUCGGAAAAUGAAGUUUUGUGUGACCUAUGUUUACUGGACUCUUCUGCUAAUAUCGGUAGUGUCCAGUGGUCUUCUGUUCCUAAUAGUAGCGUCAGAAGGAGUACAAAUUCCGGAAUCUUCCUCUGAAAAAGAUGGAACUUUUGAAAGUACCAAUAAGUUUUCUAUUAAUGAAUCCAAGGAAGAGAUUCAGGAGACAAAUAAUCCUCUUGUUUCCGACGUAGAAGUAUCUGCGUCAAUAAAGACUGAUAAUUAUAUCGAGGAAAAAUCGGAGCCAAUAGCAGAUAAUUUACAAAUUACCUCUGAAACGGAUCGUCUGACAAAGCCUGAAAAACUCGAAGUUUUUGCCGAAAGUUUGACACAGCAACCGAAUCUCUCCCAAGGGAUUUCCGAAACUGGACAAGCAGUUGUCCUGACUCUAGUUGAUACAGCAGCUUCAGAAUUACAAAGUUUAGCAGACCCGAAGAUCGUCUCCGAAUUUCGAGCGAGAUCUUUAUCGAAUAACUUGACCUUAACCAAUCCGACAGUCAGAGGACCGGAGAAAACUUUAGAGCCAAUUGAUCCGGAAAUAAACCUUGAGACACCAACUGAACAAGUAAACGAUAGUGCAACCGCUGAAAAGGAAGUUGCUGAAGGAGCGGAUGACGACUCCGAAUUUGUGGUGGUCGUUAGAGCCGAGAAGAAAUCAGGUGGCGAAGAAACUAGAAUUGAAGAAGAUUUAAAAUUGGAUGAAGAGCUACUUUCGAAAGAGGAUCUUCCCAAGGAAGAUGAUCUCAAUCCAGCUCCAGAGUUGAACGACAGUGCCGCCAGGGCCCAAUUAGUUGGAGGAUCGACUGAUGAUGCUGCUGUCAUUUUGGACGGCAUCGCCGGUUCUGGUUCUUCAGAUACUCAUGAAGACAUGCCUUCAUUCAGUGAAUGGGCGCAAAAACGACUGGAAGAGGCCGAGAAGAAAAAGACACAUCCCAACGUCUCAGUUCAAAAUCCCGGUAAUCCGGGAAAAAAUGUCGGUGGUAUGAAAAUGCGCUCAAAGAAUUACGCCUCCCCUGACUGUGGAGCGAAAAUUGUCGCGACCAAUCCUGAAUCUCGAAGUGCCAGGAACGUUCUCGUCUCAACGCGAGACGAAUACAUGCUCAACACUUGCACCUCUCGAAUUUGGUUCGUCGUCGAGCUCUGCGAAGCGAUUCAGGCAAAAAAAAUCGAAUUAGCCAACUUCGAGCUCUUUAGCUCAUCGCCAAAAGAUUUUUCCGUCUACGUGAGUGAUCGUUUUCCCACUCGCGACUGGAGUUCCGUCGGCCACUUCACCGCAAAAGACGAGCGCGACAUUCAAAACUUUGCUCUCCAGCCUCACCUUUUCGGCAAAUUCAUCAAAAUCGAGCUCCACUCGCACUACGGCUCGGAGCACUUUUGUCCGAUUUCCCUCUUUCGUGCCUACGGUACCAGCGAAUUCGAGGUCCUGGAGACCGAGACAGACGUUCAGAUUCCCAUAUCCGAGGACGAGGACAACGAGCACGAAAAUGGGGAAGAUCCGCUCGACUUCGAGGGUGGCGAACCCGCGAGGAAUUUAUUUGGAAGCGCCCGCGAUGCUGUUUUAAGUAUCGUGAGAAAAGCGGCCGAAGUUCUCGUGAAAACGGGCGACUUGAGUCGAAACAACAUCACCAAGAUCCAGGAGAGUAUUCGCGGCGAUCUGCUUGAGAGUCCGCUGACGAGUUGCACCACUCCCAGGUACGCGAUCGUUUGUAAAAAUUGCACUGACGACCGAUUCGCGAGGGUCUUUCAACUUCUGAGCUGCCGAGAUCGAUACCUGAGCGCUCUGCUCGACACGAGCUUCAUCCGCGACACUCUGCGACACAGUCAUCUCUGCUGGAUCCAGAAAGGAAAAUCGGAGGAGGAUUCGAUUAAAGCGGCGACUUGCCGAGCCCGAGACCUCCAUGCGACUUUCCUGGCCUCUCUUCUCACGCCCGAUUACGUGGUGGCGCUCUGCAAUGUUCUCGCGUCAAAGGACGGCAAAGUUGUUUUAAAUUCGAGUGAUGAGCUCGCUCCCGUUUCUGAUAAUGGAACUUUGGACGAGAUUACUGAGGCCAGGGAGGAGCGAGACUCGAUCGAGACUUUCAUCACUCCGUGUUCUCUCGACAUGUCAUCGCCAUCAUGCAGGCCCACGAUAACCGUUCCGGAAUCGCGUCGCAGAAGUCCUGAUGGGAUCAGAAAAGAGAUUGAAACCCCGAUGGCUGUUUCUUCUGAGAUUCCGAGUCCGAGUGAGGUUUUGGCAUCGCAGAUUAAACCUACCAAGACUUUGAUAAGAGAAGAGGUGAAGAAAGAACCCUCGGUUCCGAUUCUGGAAGCGAGUAAGGAUCAUAUGGAGGAGUCGAGUCAUCCUGAGAUUGUGACGAUGCCUUCGCCGGUUGUUUAUGUUGCGACUUCAACUCUCAGGAAGGACCUGCCGGAAGAGACGACUCUUCAGGGAGAGAGCUCGGAGACUCUGGAGAAGAGUCAAGCUUCCACGGUGUUGAAUACUGAGCAGGAGAGGCAGGAGGUGACGGAGAAGAAGGAAGAUUUGAAGAUUCAGGAGGUUCCGGAGAGCAAAGCGGAUGUGAGGAGUGAGGGGGGCCAGGAGCAGGAUGGCAGAGAAAAUAAGUCGGAUUUGGGAGAAGAGGCUAAGAUAUUGACGCAGGAGCAGAUGAAUUUUGAUAGUCUUUUGUCGGAUUUUAAGGAGUUUGAAGGCGAGGUGGGUCAUAAUGGACAUGGGGGAAGUUCCUCGGUGGCUCAACACACGACGAGCUCUACGCCUCAACAAAAAGAAUCUGUUUUUCUCCGGCUUUCCAAUAGAAUCAAGGCUCUCGAACGUAAUAUGUCCUUGAGCGGGCAGUACUUAGAAGAGCUGAGUCGUCGUUACAAGAAACAAGUGGAAGAAAUGCAGCGCUCCCUCGAGCGUGCAACUUCCGCAAUGAGCGAGGAAUCGCGCAAAGGCGAAGAGCGCGACUCCCGAAGAGCGGAAGAGAUCGCCGCUCUUCGCGAGGAAAUCCGAUUCCUCUCAAAAUCGGUCGAGAGUCUCCUCUACGAUCGGGACAGUUGGCAGAGUAAAUUAUUAAACCUCGGCCAACACAUAAUCCUCAUCUUUGUCAAUGUCAUCCUCAUCAUCUUCAUCAUCUCCUACUGUCGACGAUCCGUCGACUUUGAGGACGAGGAGCGCGAAAUCGAUCAGUCCACCGAGACUCAAAAACCCACCCAUCAGCGAAAAGCCGCCGACCUGCUCGCGGAGAAGACGCUUCUUCUGAAGAAAGCGAAGAAGCGCAGACCCAGUGAAAUCGCCUCGAACAUAUCCGGCACCUACGAGGAAUUGAUGAUCGAGGAUCAGAGGCUGGCAGUCGCCUCGAAAAAGGAGAAAAAGCGAAAACGCAAGAAGGAGAUGACGCGGCGAAUUGCGAAUGGAGUGACAAAAACCGAAGUGGUUCGCUACAAGGGAAUUCUCAACCAUCUUCCCGCCGUUUUGCCCUCGAGAAGGUCCUCCUCCAUCGAGACGCCAACAAUCAUCAACGAAUCCGAGAAUUCGUUCGACAAGAGGCCCGAUUCCGCGCCGGAAAAUUACAGAGGCUGGACUCACGAGAAUCGGGAGAACCGAAUCGAGAUUUUGUCGACUCGCGAGGUAUCUGAAGUUGCUCAAAGUUCCGCUCUUCAGAGUGCAGCCCAGCUGAAGAAGAAGGUGACUCUGCUCGCCGGGAGUGACGAGGUGGAAGUCGCCGAGUCGUCGAAAAAGGGCGGCAAAACGGGGAUUUUGAAAGGGAAACUCUCGUCGCCCUCGUUCAUGAAAACUGCGCUCGGCUCGCGCAGCAAACGAAUCUCGACGACGAGUAAUGGCGAGCGGAAAUUGGAAAAUUCCGAGUCGAGUCUUCGGCCGGUUGUCGAGGGACAGGCAAAUGGAGGUGCGACGAAUGGCUACGCCGAGGAGAGUGACAGGAGCAGUAGUGCGACGCCCACUUCGGGGAAGAAAGAGAAAAAAAGCACGGGCUUGAAGAAGAUGAAUGAUCAGAAACUGAAAAGGAAGACGAUAAGGAAAAGGAGGAGGAGAAACUGCAGGAUCUGAAAAAAAUCUGGAAUCUUUUCAAUGCAAAUCUCUUUGAGAGAGAGAAAAAAAAGAGUUGAUUUUAGGAUAUUUUUAUUACAAAACGUUGAUCUAUUUUAUCUCGUGUUGAAAAUGUUUUUGUAAUCCGUUUUAGUAAACGAAUUUUUGACACGGAAUAAAAUAAUUCAUUGCGAAUGAAAAUUUCUCACCUGAUUGGCUAGAUAUUUGAAAUAUCUGUAGAUUAGGAUAGAUAGGAUAUGAAAUUAACUCAGUGACGAUCCUAGAAAUCACUGAGGAAUUAAGGAUAAAACAAGUGGACGAUCUCUGCACAAUUAUAAAGAUCGCUCUUGUUUUUAGCUUUGAUAAUUUACCAAAGAAAGACUCAGUGCUGAAAAUUAUUCGGAGUUUGUUUUCCAGCUUUUUAAAAAAAUUAUUCAGUUUUUGAAGUUUCCUUUAUAUCGGUUUCUAGCGCACAAAUAAAUUUUUCCAACAAAAUUGUAAAUAAUUAUUCGAGGUUUUUAGGAAUUUGAUGAAAUUGGAAAAAGCGUUUACGUAAUAUAUUUGCUAUUGUGUUCUACACGAAAUUAGCAAAAGUUAUUGAUAAAAAUGAUAUUAUAGAUAUAUUUCGGUUUUAGGUGAACGAAGUUUAGGAAAAAAAACUAGUCAAUUUGUAGGCAUUCUUUGGAGACUAUCUUUGAAUUUUUUCCUUUAGAGUUUUUUUUUUUUAAUUUCCUGAAUCGAUUUUCGAUACACUUUUGUCGGAACGAAUUUUCUGCACUUGAUUACGAUUUGCAUCGAUAUGCAAAAAUAGAAGGGUAAACUUUGCCAUUAGGGUGUUGCUUAAAAAUUAAAAUUUUUAUUUUUUGAAACGGUGAACCUCAAAUUUUGUUCUCAAAAUUGAAAAAAAUCCCUGGAGUUUUUCAAGUUUUAAAAUUUUAUUCUAUAGGUGCAAAAAAGAAUAAAAAAUUUUUUGUACCAAAAUUUUGUUUGGAGGGAUAUCGUUUUGAAAAAUGAAACUUGUAAUUUUUAAGUGUGAUUCUACUUGCCAUCUAGUAGUUUGCAGUAAUGCGCUCUGUGAUAAAUCGCCCCAAUGUUGGGGGGAAAAAAUUUUAAGGAAUGGAGCGAACAUCUGAAUAUUUAAAUCCUGUGUGAAAGGCUUUCUAUUAUUAAUGAUUAAUGUGCAUUUACCAAUUACGAUUAUUUGCGUGGGUUAGGGUGGUCAAAAAAUUCAUUUUUAUUUUUUUUUUUAGAUUUCAUUCCCUAAUUUUGAGUUAUUUGGUGAAACAAACAUUUUUUUUUUAGGUAGC